AUGGAAAAUAAUGAUAUAAUUUAUAGUAAUAAUUCUAUUAUGGAUAACUUUAAUUUUCAAACAUUUUAUAAUCCUUCUACAGAACAGAAUUAUUAUAAAAAUAUUACUUCUCAAUCUAUAUCAACAAAUAAAAGAGAUUCAACGUGUAUACCAUUUCAAGAACAAGAACAAUUUAAAAAUAAUUUUUAUUAUUCUGAUCAAUCUUCUUAUUAUUAUUCGCAACCUUUUGACUUAUACAAUCAAUGGAUAGAAAAUACAACAAUUGAAAAUGUUAAAAAUAAUUUUCAAUUUGAAAAUAAAAAUUUUUAUUCUUAUAAUAUACCUCCAACAAUAUCACAAUCAUCAACUGAUACACCAAAUACCGAAUUUAUGAUGGAGAAUUAUAAAAAUGAUUAUUAUUGUAAUGAUAAAGUAAUCCAACCACCGUUUCAACAAAAUUCUAGCCUUUCUUCUAAUGAUUUAUCCUUAACAUCAACACCCUCACCGCCAAUUGAAAAUGACACAAAAUCAGGUACAGUUUCAUCUCAUCCCGGAAUGUUAUACUUGAUGCCAACAUUAAUUCGAAAUUCAAAAAAAGAAAAAAAAUAUGAUACACCAAAAAUUAGUAAAGGAAGAAUAGCUAAAAAACCAUCAAUGCAUAUUAAUUCAUCCUGUGUGACAUGUGGAACAACUGAAACAACAUUAUGGAGGAGAGAUCUAAAUGGAUUUCCAGAAUGUAAUCCAUGUAAUUUGUAUUAUAGAACACAUCAAACAAAAAGACCACCAAGACUUUUUAAAAAUGGAAAAAUUUUAAAAAGAAAUGGCAAAAAUAGAUUAUUAAAAAAUGGACUUGAGUUGUCACCGUAUAAUGAAGAGUAUGAUAAAGAUUUUAGUAAUUUUAGUAAUAAUAUCAAUACAAACAAUACACAAUUAGAAAAUAACUUUGAGCCUUACCUUUCAAAUAGAAUAAUAAUUGAUAAUAAAAUUAACAGAAAAAUGGAAUACUUUGAUGAUAAUCGUAAAAAUCAAACUCCUGAAAAUUAUUUUUUUCCUACGUUUAUUGACAAUAAUCGUUAUUAA